CCGUAUGUUGACAGAGGAAGCGCUCGGCUGCUGUUGUUGUUGAUGUGGCCCCGUGCGGAUGCGGAUCAUGGAGUAAAAUUAUACUGAUUAAAACACCAGAGAUCAUUACUUUCACCGCGGAGAGACAGACACAGAGCACCGGCAGCAUGUUUAAAGGCUGGAGCUCAUGGUUGGGCGGAGAGUCCGAGAAUCAAGAGAAAACGGACAAACAGGAAACAGCAGAGGAGAAAAACAUCAACACAGAGACUGAAGAAACACAACACAUCCUAGAGCAGGCCAAAGGACUCAGCGGCUUUAUUCUGAACUUUGCGAGCAGCGCCACUAAGAAAAUCUCAGAGUCUGUGGCAGAAACAGCACAAACUAUCAAGAAAACAGUGGAGGAGAGCAACAUCGACGGCAUCAUUGACAAGACCAUUUUGGGAGAUUUUCAGAAGGAGCAGGAAAAAUUUGUCCAGGAGAAAAAUGCAAAGAAAACAGACGCCGCAGUGCCGCCCUGGGUUGGAUACAAUGAGGAGGAAACCAUUCAGCAGCAGAUACUUGCUUUAUCCGCUGACAAGAGGAACUUCCUGCGCGAUCCUCCGGCCGGAGUGCAGUUCCAGUUCGACUUUGAUCAGAUGUACCCCGUCGCCCUCGUGAUGCUCCAGGAAGACGAACUGCUCAACAGGAUGCGCUUUGACCUCGUCCCCAAACAGGUGAAGGAGGACGUGUUCUGGAGGAAUUAUUUCUACCGCGUGUCUCUGAUCAAGCAGUCGGCGCAGCUCACGGCUCUGGCGGCGCAGCAGCAGGCGGCCGAAAAGAGGGAAGAGGAGAAGAACGCGUCGACACCGCUGAACGAGAACAUCUCAGAAACCAUCAGACCCAAAACACCUCCAGUGGCCAUCAGCGCUAAAGCCAAGACUAAUGAGCAGGAGGACGAGGACAUCUCCACCAGCCCCGGCGUGUCUGAGUUCGUGAGCGACGCGUUUGACGCCUGCGACAUAAACCAGGAGGAUCUGAGGAAAGAGAUGGAGCAGCUGGUGCUGGAUAAGAAAGACGAAGAGACGGCCGACUGGGAGAAGGAGCUGCAGCAGGAACUUCAGGAAUACGAGGUGGUCGUCGACCCGGAAAAUCGCGACGAUAACUGGGACCGUGAGAUUGAGGAGAUGCUGCAGGACGACAGCUAAAGCGUCACAGCGCCUCCUCUGGUGUGGAGGACAAAUUAAGAAAUCAGCAGGCCCUUUCUACUAUAUCAUCAAUCUGACUGGACUGAAAUAUCGCGAUUUCCUAUAAGAAUGUUUAAUAAAUGUGAUGUUUAGCGUUAGAGGGAUUUGGUGAGGUGCCAAUAUGCACACAACUAAGAUCGUAAUUAGUGAGAACACGUAAGUCAGAUAUAGUAUACAGAUUUAUCUUUCCUUUCUGACUAAUUUCUGCCAUAAAGACCUUCUUUAAGAAGUGUACAAGCAAACCAAAACUGAAAAGGCUGAACGGUUGUAGUGCUCAAACACUAUAAACACACAUAUCAAGUCCAUAAAUACUUUACAGUCGUGUGAAGGCGAAUGUUUCAAUGGCUUCUCAUUCCUUUAUUUGUUUUUGAUUGUCGAUUCAAUAUUUGUAGGUUUCGGUGCAGUUAAUGUUUGUUUUCUCUAGAUCAUCUGAAAUAAAACUGAAUUCCAUACCUUAUUAUUCAUAUAGUAUGUACAUGUUUGUAAGGUGAGAGGUUUAAUAUAACUUUGUGUUUGUUUGUUUAUUUGUUUUUUUCAACUUGCACCUUGUCUUGUUACUUUAAAGAUGAAUAAUCAUGAUUUUGUUGCAGUAAAUAAAGUCUAAAAUUCUC